AUGCUCUGCUCAGAUCCCAAGCUUGAUUCCCACCGCUUUAAGGAUAUCAUUGAUGAUGCAAUAGCAGCAGGAACGUUGAAGACAACCAAGGCAUACGAGAAGUGGGCAAAGCAAAUUUCCAAAACUGAACCACCUACAGAUCCUCUUAGAAAGAGGGGGAAAGCGAAGAAGAAGUCAGACGAUCUUCUUGCAAUCAUAUCUCAGUGCCGUAGCGAGCGAAAGGAGCAUUUUGAUUCCAUGUUUUCAUCUCUGGUGAAUAAAUAUGGUGGUGGAAUGCAGAGUUCAGAACCCAGUGAAGAAGAGUUUGAGGCUGCAAGAAAGAAACUUGAGAGCCAAAAGUCUGCCAAAAAGUCCAGUGCAAGAACUACAUUUGUUGUAGUACUGGAAAUUGCUGCCUAUAGUUUUGUGCAUGCUUAA